CAUGGAAAUGAGUGAGUAAAAGUAAUGAAAACAGUAAAAAAUGAAUAACAACCUUAUAAAUAAUAAAUGGUCGAUAUAUUUUUUAUUCGGCAGAUAAUUUAUUUUUUAAAUUAAUGCAAACCCUGGUAACAUUAUCGAACAUUGCAUUCAUCGACUCUUACUCGACUGAUAACCGUUCGCCGUCAACUGAAGGCGUUAUAAUUGGACCCGAUACUCCAGUUUACUAUUUAGAAUAUCCACAUGAUGAUUAUUUAAAAGUUAUUCGCGAUGUGAACAAAUUUGAAGCAUCUCCUUCUUACAACUACUAUCGUAUUCCGGAGAACAAUUCCAACGACACAUUAUUUCUGAAGAUAUUAGUUGUUCUUGAUUGGUAUGAUGUAAAUAAAAACCGACCAGAGCAAGAUAUUCUCAAUGAAGUUCUGACGAGAUGGAAUAAAGUGGAUAAAUGUUUUGAACAACUUGAUAAUCCCAAAAUAAAAUUGGCUAUUGCUGGAGUCGUCAUACCGACAAAAUCAAAUAUCGGGGAACCAGAAGUAGUCUACAUACAUGCUGCUUCUGAUAUUGAUAUUGGUGAUAAACACUUCAGCUACCGUUUCAGCAGCGGUUGUUAUCUUAUCCCUUCUUUUACAAAUAAUCUGACCAAGUGGUUCAAUGAUAAUGCUGAUCAGUUUGAAAGUCUCAAGUAUGAUUUAUUCAUAUUCAUGUCCUACUUCGGAUUAGCCGAGACGAGGAACAAUGAAGACUGUAAAUAUAACCAUCACAAGACGAAUACGUUUGCUUGUGAUGCUAAACAUGGUUCAAAUCAUCGUUCACUAGGAGGAAUCGCAGUGCGCGAUUAUCCUUUAAAGAAAUGGGAUACACCAGAAAAGUUUCAUCUUAGGGACAAAGAUUAUGUUUUCACGAAUAAUGCUGCCUAUAUUAUCGCUUCAAUAUUGGGAGUCAACUCAGAAGAAAUAUUAGGAUGUGGAAUUGGUCAUAUAAUGGACUCUAGCGAAUAUGGUGCUCAUUUAACUUGGUCCGAAUGUUCUAAAAGAACCUUUGCAUCGAUGGUCAAUAACACCAAAUACACUUGUUUACAUCAAAUACCUUAUGAUCAAGAUGAAGACGAUUACUCAUGAUUUAAUCCAAACUUUCAAAUAAAAUUUUAUACUUUGAGCAAAAUUGUAUAAAUAUCAAGGA